ACGAAAAAAAUUUGGAGGGGUCUUUAUGCAGAAUAAUUAUCAAAUAUAUAAAUUCACUGAAGACGAUUCCUCAGCACAUUCGUGGUCUAAUAGUCAUACUAGAAAACUAUUCAAAAUGAAAGUGGUUGCUCUUAUUUUCGCCUUCAUCGCUGUAGCUGCAGCAGCCCCACAGCUCCAAGUACAGCCUCAGGCAGUACGUUCUAGUGUAGGGGCUGUAAGGGACGCAUCAAAGGAUGCCGUAAUCCUCCGUUACGACAACGACAACAUCGGUGUCGAUGGAUAUAAUUACGCAGUUGAAACUAGCGAUGGACAAGCGAGACAAGAGCAAGGUCAACUACAGAAUGCUGGAACUGAUGAUGAACACCUCGCAGUCCAGGGCCGUUACAGUUACACCGGACCAGACGGUAUUCUCUAUGAAGUCGUCUACGUGGCCGACAAGGAUGGAUUCAGAGCCACAGGUGCUCAUCUCCCAGUUGCCCCAUGAACAGCCAAUCAAUGACUUAAGUGAUUCUAAAUUUAAUUUUGUACAGUUAGACCCAGGAUAUUUAAUUUCGUUGAUAUUCAACAUAUUUUUGUACAGUAUAACAAUAAAUUCAAG